AUGCCGUCUAUCACAGGACCAACUGUGGCAAAGACUGGACAAAGUGUCACACUCAACUGCUCGGCGUCAUCAUACCCUCCAAGCCUCUUCAAAUGGUACUACAAUGAUUCUCUGGUGGCCAAUACAUCUGAGUAUGUAACACCUCCUCUUACCACCUACAUGAGUGGCAUAUACACCUGCAUGGCCUACAACGACAUCACCGGCCAAAACAGCACUUCCCACAGGAUGCUUACUAUUUUUGAGCCAAUAAAAGAUGUACAAGUUGAAGCAUCCAUGAAUCCUGCCAUAGAGGGUCAUCCAUUUAUGCUAAAAUGUAAUGUGACUGGACCUGUUGAGCAAGUUUACUGGAUGAAGAAUGACAAACCACUGCAUACAGACAACAGAACUUUCAUCAACAUGGAUAACAAGACAGUCUCCUUCAACACAUUAGAACGUAAUGACGCUGGAGACUACCAGUGUAUGGCCAUCAAUCCUGUUGAAAAUAAGACCAGCCCUGCUCAUAUGCUCCUUGUAAACUAUGGACCAGAAAUGCAAUCUAUAACAGGACCAACUGUGGUGAAGGUAGGACACAAUGUCACACUCAACUGCUCAGCGUCGUCAUACCCACCCAGCCUCUUCAAAUGGUACUACAAUGAUUCACUGGUGGCCAAUACAUCUGAGUAUGUAACACCUCCUCUCAACACCGGCAUGAGUGGCAUAUACACCUGCAUUGCCUACAACGACAUCACUGGCCAAAACAGCACUUCCCACAGGAUGCUUACUGUUAUUGAGCCAAUAAAAGAUGUACAAGUUGAAGCAUCCAUGAAUCCUGCCAUAGAGGGUCAUCCAUAUAUGCUAACAUGUAAUGUGACUGGACCUGUUGAGCAUGUUUACUGGAUGAAGAAUGACAAACCACUGCAUGCAGACAACAGAACUGUCAUCAACAUGGAUAACAAGACAGUCUACUUCAACCCAUUAGAACGUAAUGACGCUGGAGACUACCAGUGUAUGGCCAUCAAUCCUGUUGAAAAUAAGACCAGCCCUGCUCAUAUGUUCCUUGUAAACUAUGGACCAGAAAUGCCAUCUAUCACAGGACCAACUUUGGCGAAGACGGGACAAACUGUCACACUCAACUGCUCGGCUUCGUCAUACCCUCCAAGCCUCUUCAAAUGGUACUUCAGUGAUUCUCUAGUGGCCAAUACAUCUGAGUAUGUAACACCUCCUCUCACCACCAACAUGAGUGGCAUAUACACCUGCAUGGCCUACAACGACAUCACCAGUCAAAACAACUCUUUCUCCAGGAUGCUUACUGUUAUUGAGCCAAUAAAAGAUGUACAAGUUGAAGCAUCCAUGAAUCCUGCCAUAGAGGGUCAUCCAUUUAUGCUAACAUGUAAUGUGACUGGACCUGUUGAGCAAGUUUACUGGAUGAAGAAUGACAAACCACUGCAUACAGACAACAGAACUUUCAUCAACAUGGAUAACAAGACAGUCUCCUUCAACCCAUUAGAACGUAAUGACGCUGGAGACUACCAGUGUAUGGCCAUCAAUACUGUUGAAAAUAAGACCAGCCCUGCUCAUAUGCUCCUUGUAAACUAUGGACCAGAGACACCCAUCAUUUAUGGGCCAUCUUUUGCUGAGAUGGGAUAUCAUGCAGUCUUCAAUUGUUCUGCCAUGUCGGUGCCUCCGAGCCACUUCAGCUGGUGGUUCAAUGGUUCCCUGAUGGCCAAUACCUCAAUGUUAACAACUGGCCCAUUAUCUUUAAACAUGAGUGGACAAUAUACCUGUAUGGCCUACAAUUAUGUGACAGGAAAGAACAGCACGAACUCUACGAUGCUCACAGUCAUAAAGGCUAUAGAGUCAGUGAUGGUCACAAACAGCUCAGCUCCAAUAAACUCUGAAAACUUCACUCUCACCUGUGAAGUUAUUGGGCCUUAUACCUCCAUAUCCUGGACGGUAAAACUCUCCAACCUUAACUCAGUCACAUCCUACUACAUUAAAAACACUCUGGACUUCACUCCGGUGACACUGGACUAUGAAGGGACAUAUCAGUGUAUUGCUACGAAUCAGGCUGGUUCACAUGAAAGCCCCAAAUACAAACUCCUGGUGAACUACGGCCCAUUGAAUGUGAGUAUCUCUGGUCCAGAUUCAGCAAAAGAAGGCAUCAUCGUGACCCUGAUAUGCUCCACUGAUUCCCGGCCAGAUUGUGACUAUCACUGGUACUUAAACAACCUGCCAUCAGCAAUCAAGACCGGCCCUGUCAUCAGAUUCGCUGCAUUGAAAGAGACGAAGGGGAUCUACACAUGCAAAGCAACAAACCCUGUGACUAACAUCACAAUGACCAAGAAUAAAACAUUUACACUCACAAAUCAUGCCUCCGCCCCCUGCUUCUCAUCCAAGAAUGGUCUGACGUUGAUGGCUCUGGCUGCCUUGUCUCUCUCUGUGCUGUUCCACUGA